AUGGAUCUGACACGGCUGCUGUCCGAGGAUGUGCUCGCCGACGUCCUCCGUCGUGUCGCGCCGCGCGACCUCGCCGUCUGCCGCUGCGCUUGCAAGGCCCUGCGUGCCGUCGUCGACGCCAGCGGCCUCCUGCGAACGGACCUCCUCCCGCUCGCCGUCGGCGGCAUAUUCAUCAACUUCCGUGCCACCCUUCUGUCCGAGUUCUUCGCCCGCCCCUCGACGGGCCCUACGAUCUCCGGCAGGUUUGACUACUUGCCCCGUCCCGAUGACUACCUCGAGAGCCUGGAUUGCUGCAGCAUUGUGGACCACUGCAACGGCCUCCUCUUGCUCGAUGCUUACAAGGGCCAUUACUACGUGGUUAACCCGGCCACCCAGCAGUGGUAUCCUUUACCGACCCGCCCGUCUAUGUUCAAGGACGCAGAUCCAGACUUCGCAUACCAACAAUACCUUGCGUUUGAUCCCACCUUGUCGCCCCACUACCAAGUGUUUCUGAUUCCACAUCCUCGCUACAAAAGAAAGUCCGUAGAAGACGAGGUAGACCGUGCUAUGGAGGAAUCUGAAUGGCCACCGUCUAUGUGCGCUUUGCAUGUUUUUUCCUCAAGGUCAGGCUGUUGGGAGGAAAGGUCUUUUAUUCGACAAGGAAAGGCUGCUGGCACCAUUGCUGAUAUGCGAUCUUCUGAUUUGGACGAGAGACGUUAUGCCGUCUAUCACGGGGGCACACUUUACGUGCACUGCAAAACUGAUUUCAUAAUGAGGAUAUAUUUGACAAAUGAUACAUACCAAGUAAUUAAAGCACCGACGGAUGGUGAACUAAUCGAAUGCCGAGAGUUUCGUCUUGGACGAUCAGAAAAAGGGGUGUACCUUGCAUCUAUUUGUCGUUUUGGGUGGUUUGCAUAUACUUCUAAUACUUAUCGUCUUCAGGAUAUUAAUUGCAAUGUGUAUCUCAAAGAGUACAUGGAGAGCAAUGAACCACCUGACGAACACGUGGAACAACUAUUAGACAAGAAAAUUAAGUUGAUAAACUCCAUCAAGAAAACGCUAGUGGAAGCAAAGGUUGAAUGGGACUCUGACAAUGAUGACAUUCUUGACAAUGAAUAUAUGGGAACAAAAUCUCAUCAAAAUAAUAUACUGCAGCCAAUUCCAGCGUAA